AUAAGUUUCAAGCUUUCUUUCUGAAUACACCCUAAGAGUUGUGGUCUGGCCGCCCGCCGCUGGCUUAACAUAAAUUACUUAAUCUUGGAGGGUACGAUUCACAGAGUACAUCAUUAUGACUGGGUGCGGUACAACUAAAACAUCUUUAUUUAAAAAUUAAAAGUUGUCACAAAAAGUAAUUAUUUAAUAAAUAGCUGAAGUACUGCCAUUUACGUAUAACCUAGUAAAUUGAAGCCAAAAUCAGCCAAAAUGUUGUCUAAUAAACGUUUGGUAGCUGUGUGUGCAAUAAUAUUUUGUUCCAACAUCGUUUUACUUGUUUUAUUCGUAAAAUAUAACGUAGGUGAAAGAUGCUAUAUUUCUAUAGAAGAACAACAGACUGCGAUAGUCGAAAUUCCUGAUGGAUAUCUUAGUGUUGGAAUUGAUGCAUCUGAGAUUCAAAACUUUAGUAAAGUUGAUUUCACCAAUAAGAGAUUCUAUAAUCUCGCUGCAGCACUUUCACCGGGGAGACUACGUCUUGGAGGUACGAUGUCGGAACGUUUAAUUUUUAGUGCUGAAGAUAUUUCAUCACCACUGUCAUGCGAACAUUGCCCGCAUUCUCCGGCUACUAAAUCCGUUUGUUCUAGUCUUAAAAAGCUAUGCAGACACAAAUUUCUUCCAUUCUUUUUAAUGACAGGACAAAAGUGGACAGAGAUAAAUAAUUUCUGUAAAUCUAGUGGUCUUAAGUUACUCUUCUCAUUUAAUGUGUUACUUCGUGAUGAACAUGAAUGGAGUCAGCAAAAUGCCAUAGAAAUCCUUAAAUACUCUAACCAGAGAAAUUUUGACAUAGAUUGGCAGCUUGGUAAUGAACCAAACUCUUUUCGACAUGUAUUCAAUAAAAGUAUUAGUCCUCAGAUGUUAGCACAUGAUUUCAUGAAACUAAGAAAGCUUCUCAAUCAUUCGGGAUAUAAUAAAUCACUGCUUGUGGGCCCUGAUACUACUCGCCCUCAAGAGCAUCAGCCAAAUUGCCUCAAAUAUAUGGUAGAUUUUUUAAGUAAUGGGUCCCAGUAUAUUAAUGUCAGAUCAUGGCACCAGUAUUAUUUAAACAGUAGAACAGCAAAUUUGGAAGACUUCUGGAAUCCUGAUAGUUUUGAUUUGUUCAAUGAGCAGAUACAAACAAUGAAGGAGCACACUAAAAAGUAUGAGCAUAUUCCAAUGUGGCUCACUGAAACAAGCAGUUCCUAUGGAGGUGGUGCCCCUGGCCUCUCAAAUACCUUUGCUGGUACCCCUUUGUGGUUGGACAAGCUGGGUUUAUCAGCUAAGAAUAAUAUAACAACAGUUGUGAGACAAAGUUUGUAUGGUGGUAACUACAGCCUUGUAGAUGAAAAUUUUGAACCAUUGCCAGAUUGGUGGGUAAGUGUAUUAUACAAAAAACUUGUGGGUAACAAAGUAUUACAUGUUUCAUGUCAGUGUUCACGCUAUCAAAGAGUGUAUGCUCAUUGUGCUAAUAGGAAAUACACAAAUGAUUCAUCUGCUGUCACCAUAUACGCAAUUAACCUUAAAAUGGAGAAGAUUAAAUUCUUACUGAAUGGUACAGCCUUACAUGGGGAUGAUUUAGUUAUAGAUGAAUACAUCCUCAGCGCCCCUUCUAACAACAGGAGAAGUAAAACAUUACUUCUUAAUGGAUGGCCGUUGUACUAUGAGUCUUCUGUGCCCAACUUUCAGCCACAUCAACACCUCUAUGGCAAUCACAUAUCCAUGCCACCAUACUCAGUUGGUUUUUGGGUCAUAAAAAAUACUUCCAUAAAAGUGUGCCAGUGAUUUAGUUCUACCAGUGCCAUUGUUUUACUGAUAUAAUUGCAUUCCUGAUACAUUAUUUACAUAACUACUAGAAUAGUUUACUGUUUCUGAAUGUUGUUUUUAUUUAGUAAGUAAUCAUAUUAUUACGAAAUAUUCUGGUCUGUGAAAGUAAAGAUCAAAAGGUUUUAACUUAUUGAUGAAUCAUCUACAAAUGUUGAAUUUUAUUGUAUUUUAUAAGUUUCCUAAGCUCUUGGAGUGAUUUUAUGAUUUUCCAUUAUUGAUACUGAAUCAAUUCAAAAAUUAUUCUAACUGAUUAUAACUUUGGUGAUCUACUUAUAGCAUUAAACCAACGAUCUAUUUACAUAAUUUAGUACUUUAUGUACAACUUUGUUUUUUUACAUCUUUGUAUUUACUGUUUAUAAGAUAAGCAUACUGAUUUAUUAACUUUAUGUAAUUUUUUAUCUUCUACCUUGUUUAAAGAUCUUACUUGAUAUUUAUUCUGUUGUAAAUUAAUAUUAAAUGUUUGUAGUUACAAAUAGUAAUUUUAUACUGUAUUUGGUAAUUGUGUGACACUUAACCAUUUUAAUAGAUUGUUCUUUACAUUUCAUAAAAAUUAUAUCUAACUUCAGAUAUUUCUAUACUUACUGAUAACUAUUUGUGUAAAUUAAAAAUAAUGUAAAAUAUUUCAAAAAAAUGUAAAAACUCAGUCUAGCAAAGGUAAACAUUACAUUCAUUGGAGUUAUCAGAUUAAAGAAAUUUUAUUUGUAAGCAAAAAAAUGCACAAAAAAUUCUGUACAACCUAAAUCAUCAAUCACUUGUCAUCAAAGUUUUGUUACUCAGAAUUAGUGUCAUAGCCAAAAAUGCUUUUUAAAUGUAUCAUAUUGUUCAUAUUCAUUUACAUAAUAAUUCUUAACAAAUAGCCUUGUCCAUUAUUCAAGGAGAGUUCUCAUUAUUUAACAUUGAACUGUAUUUAGACCUUUUGAUAAGGAAUAAAAUUGUGCGCUAUAGAAGAGGCAUAGCAUAAUCAAAUGAUAUCUAACAUAAUAUAAUAACCAUAUCUAUAAAUAUAUUUACCAGAAAUAUUAUUUAUUAGAUAGGAUAUUCACCUAAUAAUUAAAUGGUUAUAAUUUUGGAUAGGUACUAUUAUUUUUUUUGCUAUUUUACCUUUAUUCAACACAUAGAAAUCUCGCUAUCGAAUAUUUUACUUGCAAUUAUUAUGAUUACGUAUUACCUAUACUUAUAUUUUAUGGUAUUCAAUAAUCCCUAAAGUGUGCAUUAGGUAUUUAAAUGUUAAUAAAAACAUAGUAAUUAGGUUGGUUUGGUUGUAGUCUCUAAUUAUGGUUGGAUGUUAUUUAAUAAAAAGGAAGGAAAUAAAUGUAAAAAAUAAUCUUUAUAAUUUAGAAUAUUGUAAUGUUACUCAA